AUGUCCUCUCUGAACUCAAAUACACUUCAAAUCAAGUAUAUACAUAAUUCGGUUGCAAUGGUGACGAGCUGUCCGUUGUCAGCUAGUCUUCAGGUCAUUGACCAACAAGUCCGAGAAUUGUGUAGUUUCACCAAAGAUCAGCCAUUCACAAUAAAAUGGAUCGACGAAGAACAUGAUCCCAUCGUUAUUUCUUCAGAAAUGGAAUUAAAAGAGGCGUUACGACUUCAUGAGGUGAAUAAAGAAUGGCAACUAACAGUUCAUGUAUUUAAUGGAGUUCCAAGUGAACCGGGUAAACCAUGUCCUGGCGAAGAUAUUAAUAUGUAUCGAAGAGGUGCUAAACGAUGGAAAAAGAAAUUUUAUUUAUUGCAUGGUCAUCAGUUUGCUGCCAGACGAUUUAAUCGGAAUGCCGUAUGUGCUUACUGUAAGGAACGUAUAUGGGGUUUGGGACAACAAGGGUUUAAAUGUAUUAAUUGUCGUCUUCUGCUUCAUCGUCGUUGUCAAGGUGGCGUGCGUCAUAAAUGUGGUGAAGCAUUUAUUCGACCGACCUAUCAAAAUAUGCGUUCAAUCUCUACAUUUUCUACCGGUUCCACUCCUAUUGUGUGGGAUAAUAAUGGAAACAGACCUACAACCAUAGCAACAGAUCUAUCUUCUGGAACAAGUAAUACACUCCCAUCUCGUCUUCCUGUUACUAUUCAAUCAUACAAAGAUGAUUCAACGCCACCGAAGCAAGAAAAAACCAUUGGUUUAAGUGAAAAAGAAUCAAAUCAAACAUCAGACAAACACUUUACGCCAACACCCAAUAUAAAAAAUAAUCUCAAAUCAGGUUCAGACAACUUAAUAAUUGAACCAAGUGGUGGUGUUCACCCUAGUAGUGUAUCAGUUCCCGUUUCUAUCAUCACUGAUAAAGUUGAUGACAAGUCCAUACCAAUCAUAGAACAGCGCAUUAUAGAUAUUCCUGAUAUUCCAAUCACUUCUGGACGGGUUGGUUUACAUGAUUUCAAUUUACUCAAAGUGAUUGGUCGUGGUAGUUAUGCUAAAGUAUUUCAAGUAGAGCAUAAACCAACUAAUCGUAUAUAUGCAAUGAAAGUUAUUAAAAAAGAAACUAUUCUUGAUGAAGAGGAUAUUGAUUGGGUUCAAACAGAAAAACAUGUAUUUGAAUGCGCUACUAACCAUCCAUUUUUAGUUGGUUUACACUCGUGUUUCCAAACUAGAAGUCGGUUAUUCUUUGUCAUUGAAUUUGUUAAUGGUGGAGACCUCAUGUUUUAUAUGCAACGUAAUCUUCGUUUAGCAGAAGAUUAUGCACGGUUCUAUGCAGCUGAAAUUUGCAUUGCAUUGAAUUUUCUCCAUGAACGUGGUAUUAUUUACCGAGAUCUCAAGUUAGACAAUGUUUUGAUGGAUAGCGAAGGUCAUAUUAAACUAACUGAUUAUGGAAUGUGUAAAGAAGGAAUCAUCGGAGAUAUGACUACAACUACAUUUUGUGGUACACCGAAUUAUAUAGCUCCUGAAAUACUGAAAGGAGAAAGUUAUAGUUUUAGUGUUGACUGGUGGGCUUUAGGCGUACUUAUGUUUGAGAUGUUAGCUGGUCGAUCUCCUUGGGAAGGUGUUGGACAGUCAGCUAAUCCAGAUCAAAAUACUGAGGAUUAUUUAUUUCAAAUCAUUCUCAGUCGUCCAAUUCGUUUUCCACGUUCUAUAUCUGUUCGUGCAACCAGCAUACUUAAUGCAUUUCUCCAAAAGGUGCCAACUGAACGCCUUGGAUGUGCGCCAAAUUCAAGCUUUGGUGAUAUUAUGGAGCACGGAUUUUUCAAACCAAUCGAUUGGGUAGCUUUAGAAAGGAAAGAAGUUCAUCCUCCCUAUCGUCCAACUUGUGGAGGCGAUAGAGAUCUGAUACAUUUCGAUCCUGCAUUCACCGAUGAACCUGUAGUGCUAACACCAGAUAACGAGGCAGUAAUGUCACGUAUGGAUCAAACAGAAUUCGAUGGUUUCGAAUAUGUGAAUCCUUUGCUCAUGUCGUUAGAUGAACAAGUGUAA